UGGUUUGAGUGUGUCAGCAUGAUGGUGAUUUUGUUAAACUGCGUUACCCUGGGGAUGUACCAGCCGUGUGAGGAUAUGGACUGCCUUUCUGACAGGUGUAAAAUCUUGCAGGUAUUUGAUGAUUUCAUCUUCAUCUUCUUUGCCAUGGAAAUGGUCUUAAAGAUGGUGGCCCUGGGGAUCUUUGGCAAGAAGUGUUACCUUGGAGAUACCUGGAACCGCCUGGAUUUCUUCAUUGUUAUGGCUGGGAUGGUGGAGUACUCCCUGGAUCUCCAAAACAUUAACUUGUCUGCAAUCCGUACUGUCCGUGUCCUAAGACCCCUGAAAGCUAUCAACCGUGUGCCUAGCAUGCGCAUCCUUGUGAACUUGCUUCUGGACACCUUGCCCAUGCUGGGGAACGUCCUUCUUCUCUGCUUCUUUGUCUUCUUCAUCUUCGGCAUCAUCGGGGUGCAGCUGUGGGCUGGGCUGCUCCGCAACCGCUGCUUCAUGGAGGAAAACUUCACAAUACAAGGUGACAUUGUCCUGCCCCCUUAUUACCAACCUGAGGAAGAUGAUGAGAUGCCCUUUAUCUGCUCACUGUCAGGAGACAAUGGAAUUAUGGGCUGUCACGAGAUACCCCCAUUGAAGGAGCGGGGCCAUGAAUGUUGUUUGGACAAGGACGAUUAUUAUUACUACAACUCAGUCCGGCAAGAGUUCAACAUCAGUGGCAUGUGUGUCAACUGGAACCAGUACUACAACGUGUGCCGUACAGGCAACGCCAACCCGCACAAGGGUGCCAUCAACUUUGACAACAUCGGAUAUGCCUGGAUUGUGAUAUUUCAGGUGAUCACACUGGAAGGUUGGGUGGAGAUCAUGUACUACGUAAUGGAUGCCCAUUCUUUCUACAAUUUUAUCUACUUUAUCUUGCUGAUAAUCGUGGGCUCCUUCUUCAUGAUUAACCUGUGUCUGGUGGUCAUCGCCACGCAGUUCUCGGAGACCAAGCAGCGGGAGCACCAGCUGAUGCAGGAGCAGAGAGCCCGGUACCUCUCCUCCAGCACUGUCGCCAGCUACAUGGAGCCGGGAGACUGCUAUGAGGAGAUCUUCCAAUAUGUCUGCCACAUCGUGCGCAAAGCCAAACGCCGCACCCUGGGGCUGUACAACAGCAUACAGAGCCGGCGCCAGGGCCACGUGGAGCCGAGCGAUGCCAAGCUACGCAUGAACAGGAAAAGCCAGAGGCACUACAGGCUUUGCCAGCAGCACAAUUCUCUCGACUGCCCUCCUCAGGGCUUGGUCCAGCCCAUUGCUGUGACAGCAACCUCUGAUCCCACCAACUGCCCCCGAUGUCAUAGCGGGGAGCACGAAGCAUCCCGAAGGCUCUCUGUCCUGGAUAGCGCUGACUCAGACCAGGAGGAUGGACGAGCCAGCGAAGAGGAGGGAGAGGGCAGCAGAGAGGACCAGAGUGCCUCCGAGCUGGAAAAGGAGGAGGAGGAGGUGGAAGAAGGCGGACGGCUGAAGUUCUGCAGUGACAUGUGGCGAGAAGUGAGGGUCAAGCUUCGAGGGAUUGUGGACAGCAAGUACUUCAACCGCGGGAUCAUGAUCGCAAUCCUAGUGAACACUAUCAGCAUGGGCAUCGAGCACCACGAGCAGCCAGAGGAAUUGACCAACAUCUUGGAGAUCAGCAACGUUGUCUUUACAAGCAUGUUUGCCCUGGAGAUGAUCUUGAAACUUGCUGCUUUUGGUCUCUUUGAUUACCUCCGCAACCCCUACAACAUCUUUGACAGUAUCAUCGUCAUCAUCAGCAUCUGGGAGAUCAUCGGCCAGUCGGACGGGGGCCUCUCUGUGCUGAGGACUUUCCGUCUCCUGCGGGUGCUGAAGCUGGUGCGUUUCAUGCCUGCGCUGCGCCGCCAGCUUGUGGUGCUGAUGAAGACUAUGGACAACGUAGCCACCUUCUGCAUGCUCCUCAUGCUAUUCAUCUUUAUAUUCAGCAUCCUGGGAAUGCACAUCUUUGGUUGCAAGUUCAGCCUCAGGACAGACACAGGAGAUACAGUUCCUGACCGGAAGAAUUUUGACUCCCUGCUGUGGGCCAUCGUCACCGUCUUCCAGAUCCUAACCCAGGAGGACUGGAAUGUUGUGCUCUAUAAUGGCAUGGCUUCCACCUCGCCAUGGGCAUCCCUCUACUUUGUGGCUCUCAUGACGUUUGGCAAUUACGUGCUCUUCAAUCUGCUGGUGGCCAUUCUCGUGGAGGGGUUCCAGGCUGAGGGUGAUGCCAACCGGUCGUACUCAGAUGAAGAUCCAAGUUCAUCCAAUGUGGAGGAGUUAGAUCAGUUCCAAGAGGUCCAGGAAGGCUCAGAUCCCAAGCUCUGUGCAAUUCCUGUGACACCUAAUGGACACUUGGACCCAUCCUUGCCCUCUUCCAACCCACCAGUAGCUGCUGGGGGCGUCACCAACUCUUCGCGCAACUCCCUGCAGCCUGACCAGAUCCGUGUUGCUGUUGGCUCCCGGAAGAGCAGUGUGAUGUCCCUGGGGAGGAUGACCUAUGACCAGCGGUCCUUGUCCAGCUCCCGCAGUUCCCACUAUGGUGCCUGGGGCCGCAGCGGGGCCUGGGGCAGCCGUCGCUCCAGCUGGAACAGCCUGGCCCGGGGACACAGCCUGAAGCACAAACCUCCCUCCGCUGAGCACGAAUCCCUCCUGUCUGGGGAAAGGCACAGGGCAGCAGAUGGGGAGCCGGAUGGGGCAGGAAGGGUGUUUCAUCACCGCCGAACGCUCUCCCUGGACAACAAAGGCGCCUGUGACCUGCUGGAGUUGGCCUCGGUCCCAUCCGUCCACAGAGUGACCCGUAAGCUGGGAGCAGCGUCCGGGGCCAGCGAGCAUCAAGACUGCAAUGGCAAAAUGCCCAGUAUUGCCAAGGAGAUCUUCCCAAAGAUGAACAACCGCAAGGAACGGGGAGAGGAUGAUGAAGAAAUAGAUUAUAGCCUGUGCUUUCGCAUCCGGAAGAUGAUGGAAGUCUAUAAGCCAGACUGGUGUGAGUUACGGGAAGACUGGUCCAUAUAUCUCUUCUCUCCACAAAACAGGUUUCGCCUCCUCUGCCAAACCGUCAUUGCCCACAAGCUCUUUGACUAUGUUGUGCUGGCCUUCAUCUUCCUGAACUGCAUCACCAUUGCCCUGGAGAGACCGCAGAUUGAACACAGAAGCACGGAGAGAAUCUUUCUCACUGUGUCCAACUACAUUUUCACAGCAAUUUUUGUAGCUGAGAUGACACUGAAGGUGGUCUCUCUAGGCCUAUAUUUUGGAGAUCAGGCUUAUCUCCGCAGCAGCUGGAACAUCUUGGAUGGCUUCUUGGUCUUCGUGUCUCUCAUUGACAUUGUGGUCUCGGUGGCCUCUGCUGGCGGUGCCAAAAUCCUGGGGGUGCUGCGGGUCCUCCGGCUGCUGCGCACCUUACGUCCCCUCCGAGUCAUCAGCCGAGCCCCUGGCCUGAAGCUGGUGGUGGAGACGCUCAUUUCUUCCCUCAAGCCCAUAGGAAACAUCGUCCUCAUCUGCUGCGCUUUCUUCAUCAUCUUUGGCAUCCUGGGUGUGCAGCUCUUCAAGGGCAAGUUCUACCACUGCCUGGGAGUCGACAUCAGGAACAUCACCAACCGGUCUGACUGCAUGGCUGCCAACUACAAGUGGGUGCACCACAAGUAUAACUUUGACAACCUGGGACAGGCUCUGAUGUCCCUCUUUGUCCUGGCUUCCAAGGAUGGCUGGGUCAAUAUUAUGUAUAAUGGACUAGAUGCUGUGGCUGUUGACCAGCAG